GUUCCAGCUCCACACCCGGCCCCGAGCGCGAGCCUGGAGGAGGGGGAGGAGAAGGGGCGGAGCAGUCAGUGGGCGCGGCGGCUGCUGGAGGCUAGCGCGUCACGACUCUUAAGUUCUCCUUUCCUCUCCAGAGGGGCGAUUAGGGAGAGAGACCAGAAAUGAGUGGAAUGCUAUCUUAAGCCAAAAAAACUAUUAUAAUUUUUAUUUAGUACUACUUAAAUGAAGAAAGAUAAAAAAAGAAACAAAAUUCCAAUUGAUAAUUAUCCCAUUCAGACAUUAGUGAAUAUGUCACUCAAUCCAAGUCGACCUUCCUCAUCAGAGUUGGUGGAACUUCAUGUUUUUUAUGUCCCUGAAGGAUCAUGGAACUAUAAGCUAAAUACCAUUUCAACAGAAGUUGUUAACAAAUUCAUUUCAGCUGGAUUUCUAAGAGUAUCUCCUCAACUUACUUUACGAGCCCUGAGGGAGUGUCUUGGUGAGUUCCUGGGUGAAGAUGCUAUUGCAGAAAAAUUUUUAUUUCUGAAAUGCAUUGGAAAUAAUUUAGCUGUGGUGAAGGAAAAGCAAGAAUCAGAACUGAAACUCAAAUCAUUUGCUCCUCCAUAUGCUCUUCAACCAGAAUUAUAUUUGCUUCCUGUAAUGGACCAUUUAGGAAAUGUUUAUUCACCAUCAUCAACAGUUAUUUUAGAUGAGCGGCAGACUAAUAAUGGUGUUAAUGAGGCUGAUGGAACAAUCCACAGACCAAUUAGUGUAACUUUGUUCAAGGAGGAACCUGGAAGAGAUCCCAGUUUGUUAGAAAACACUUUGAAAGAGCUUCCUAACAAGAAUCAGGAAGAAGUUAAUUGCCAAGGUGUCCCUAAGACUAAUCAUGAUGUUCCUGAGACUGAAGUGGAUAAGCUAUUGGAUAAGCUAUUGGAUAGCUUACUGAAGCUACCAAUAGCUGAAAAAGAGUACAUCACCCUACCAGAUCACCCUUCACUUCCUUGUCAACCUGUUCUUUCUUCAGGAAUAACUGAUAUAUCUUUAUUACAAACUGAAAGAGAGAAGAUUAUCAAACAAAUGAAACAAGUAAAGGAAGAAAGAAGGUAUCUGGAAAGAAAUAGAGAAGAACUAGUAAAAACAGUUGAAAAGCUAUUUGAACAAAGCAAAUUAAAACGAUAUCAUGCCUACGAAGGUUGGAAGAAAAAAUACUUGGAAACAAAGAAAGUUACAGCAUCAAUGGAGGCGGUUUUAACAAAACUUCGAGAAGAUUUGGAACUCUACUAUAAAAAACUGCUCAUGCAACUUGAAGCCAGGGAGAUCAAGAUGAGACCAAAGAAUCUGGCAAACAUCACAGACUCCAAGAAUUACCUAAUAAUCCAGAUCACUGAGGUACAGCAUGCAAUUGACCAGCUUAAGAGAAAACUGGAUACUGACAAAAUGAAACUCAUAGUAGAAGUUAAGAUGAGAAAACAAGCAGUUUCAGAUUUACGAACAUUGAAAACUGAACUGGCACAGAAAAAAAAAUAAUACAUCUCUACAAUCUCAAUUAGGGAGCAUUGGCUGCUGCAAUACAUUCUGACCAGAUCUGACUUUGUUCAUCAUAAGACAUCACAAAGAGGAAGUCACAAGCAUCUGCGAUUCCAGUAUAAUUAUAGCAUCUUCUGUCUAUGUUCUUUGGAGACCAAGCUACAUCAAAGGUUACCUGUGGAAAAAAAUCUUACUAUUUUAUGUAAUAUGAUCAAGUGUGCAUAUUAUGUCAGAGUUUUAAAAUUAUAUAUAUUUUUUACCUUAUACUACACAAGGAAAAGGAACUGCUUACAGUAUAUGAAUGUAGGGUUUGACACACAUAGAACUUGAACCAUUCUAAGAAAUAUUUUUUGCUUACACUUGACUGAGUCAGACAUAUAUUUGGACAUACAAUGACCAGGAGCAAGACACUAUAUAGAAGAUGGCCUUCAAACUCAAAAUGUCUUCAAAUGCUAGGCUGGUACCUCAGCUGAUUAAAAGAAGCAGGUAUAAUGACAACAGGGUAUGGUGAUGCCCCUGAGCAACUAGAGAGUAAAGGCACCCUAAAAGAAUUCAAAUACAAAAGUUUUUAAAAUAUUGUGCAGGUUAAAUAUGUCACCUGUUGGCACAACCUGACUGGGUUAGGAGUUUCAGCCCGAUUCACAAUCACCUUAUAUGGUAGAUUUGGCCCAAUAUUACAGUUAAGAUAAUAGUGGUGUCUUACGGCCUACAGGUAUAGAUUAAUCAAGUCAAAAUGUUGAAUAAAUCAUUUAAAUGAUCUUAUUUUAUGGAAAUAUUCAAAUAAAUUUUGAGUAUUAUCUUUCUUUUUUUGGGGGGAUGGAGUCUUGGUCUGUCACCCAGGGUGGAGUGCAGUGGCGCAAUCUCAGCUCACUGCAACCUCUGCCUCCUGGGUUCAAGUGAUUCUCCUGCCUCAGCCUCCCACAUAGCUGGGAUUACAGGCAUGCGCCACCACGCCCAGCUAAUUUUUUUGUAUUUUUAGUAGAGACAGGGUUUUGCCAUGUUGCCCAGGCUGGUCUCAAACUCCUGACCUCAGCUGAUCUGCCGACCUCAGCCUCCCAAAGUGCUUACAGGCGUGAGCCACCACACCCAGCCUUAUCUUUCAUUCUGAAUAGUGAGCCAGCCUUCAACAAGAAUGUGUCUCUUUAUGUUUAUUGCCUUAACCAAAUAUUAAUUAGCCUUAUUUUAUACGUGUACAAAUGUUCUAAAACUUCAUUAAAGGUUGUUUUCCCCCCUUAAUUAGGCACUCAAUAAACACUGAUUAUUUUAAAAA